UACUGAGUAAUAUAAUACUCAGAAGAAUAAUAAAAAAUAAAAUAAAAUAAAAUAAAAAUAAAACAGUGGUUUUGUUGGUUCCCUCCCGCACAAGAAGAAGAAGAAGAAGAAGAAGAAAGAGUAUGGAAAUGGUAGGAAACACGUCACUUCCUUUACUUCUCCCAAACCCACCACCCUCUCCUCCUUCUACUUCGAAACCAUUCUCAAUUACAACACAUCUCAUUAACAACGAUUUCAAUUCUUCUACUUCUUCACACUCCCGUAACCGUAUCUCCAUCAGCAAGUCCUCCGACCCCAACUCCGGCAAGCCAUGGAACAAUCAUAACCUUUCUUCUACAGGUAAGAAUAUUCUAAAUACUUUACUAAACUCUUCUUCUUCUUCUUUCGAUGAUUCAAUUCACCUCGACCUUAUUUUGGGUCCCCUUUUCACCCAACCUCAUCCACAACCCACAAUUUUGUCUCGUGAUAUUCUCGCUAUUAUCAAGGCUUUAGGCUUUACUAAAAAAACUGAACUUGCUUUCGCCGUUUUUGAUUGGGUUCGCAACCGCCAAGGUUCUACUAAUCUUUUGACCGCUUCUUCAAUUGCCGUUAUAGUUAAAAUUCUAGGCAAAGCUGGUCGUGUCUCUUCAGCUGCAUCGUUGCUUCACACUCUCCAAACCGAUGGUUUUCAGAUUGAUGUUUAUGCUUAUACUUGUUUGAUAACUGCUUAUGCAAGUAAUGGUAGGUACAACGAUGCUAUUUCUGUGUUUCAUAAGAUGCAACGAGAUGGUUGCACUCCUACUCUCAUUACUUACAAUUCCAUUUUGAAUGUUUAUGGUAAAAUGGGUAUGCCUUGGUCUCGUGUUACUUCACUUGUUCAUUCUAUGAAAACAAAUGGAAUUGCUCCUGAUUUGUACACUUACAAUACCCUUAUUACUUGUUGUCGCCGGGGUUCUCUCUACGAAGAAGCUGUUAAUGUGUUUCACCAUAUUAAGUCCGCUGGAUUUGUCCCUGACAGGGUUACAUAUAAUGCAUUAUUAGAUGUUUUUGCAAAGUCUAGACUCCCCGAAGAGGCUAUGCAGGUUCUUAAAGACAUGGAAAGUAGCGGCUUCUCUCCAACUAUUGUUACUUUCAAUUCAUUGAUAUCCGCUCAUGUUAGAGGUGGUUUGUUGGAGGAAGCAUCACACCUUAAAAUUCAGAUGGCGGAGAAAGGGAUUAAGCCUGAUGUUUUUACCUACUCCACACUUUUAUCCGGGUUUGUGGAGGCUGGGAAAGAUGAUUUUGCUUUUAAAGUCUAUGAAGAAAUGAAAGUGGCCGGAUGCAAACCAAAUAUUUGCACCUUUAAUACCCUUAUCAAGAUGCACGGUAAUCGUGGGAAGUUUGUGGAAAUGAUGAAAGUUUUUGAGGAUAUAAAGGAAUGUGGAUGUUCUCCCGAUAUUGUUACUUGGAACACCCUUUUGGCCGUGUUUGGACAGAAUCAAAUGGACUCCGAAGUAGCAGGAGUAUUUAAAGAGAUGAAGAGGUCGGGGUUUGUGCCUGAGAGGGACACAUUCAAUACUCUAAUUAGUGCAUACAGCAGAUGCGGUUCAUUCGAUCAAGCAAUGGCUGUUUAUAAAAGCAUGCUGGAAGCUGGAGUGUCUCCUGAUCUCUCUACUUACAACGCUGUUUUAGCCGCCUUGGCUCGAGGAGGGUUUUGGGAACAAUCUGAGAAAAUUAUUGCUGAAAUGAAGUAUCGUCAUUGUAAACCUAAUGAGUUAACAUAUUCUUCUCUACUUCAUGCAUAUGCUAAUGGUAAGGAGAUUGAUAGGAUGAAAGCACUUGGUGAGGAGAUUUACGAUGGCUCUAUCGAAACACACCCGGUUCUGUUGAAGACCCUUGUUCUAGUAUGUAGCAAGAGUGACCUCCUAAAGGAAACAGAACGUGCUUUUUCUGAAUUAAGGAAAAUUGGAAUUACACCCGACCUAACUACUCUGAAUGCAAUGAUUUCAAUAUAUGGGAGGAAGCAGGUGGUGUCCAAGGCCAAUGAGAUUUUGGACUUCAUAUAUGAGAAUGGUUUUACUCCAAGUUUGACCACAUAUAAUAGCUUGAUGUAUAUGUACAGCCGUUCUGAGAAGUUCCAAAAACCAGAAGAAAUCUUGAGGAUGAUUCUGAAGAAAGGUAUGAAACCAGAUAAAAUUUCAUAUAAUACUGUUAUUUAUGCAUAUUGCAAAAAUGGUAGGAUGAAGGAGGCUGUGAGGAUAUUUUCCGAAAUGAAAGAUUCUGCACUUGUUCCAAAUGUUGUAACUUACAACAUAUUCGUUGCAAAUUAUGCUGCUGACUCAUUGUUUGUUGAGGCGAUUGAUGUUAUUCGAUACAUGAUCAAGCAGGGAUGUAAGCCAGACCAGAAUACUUAUAACUCCAUUGUAGAUUGGUAUUGUAAGCACAAACGGCAAGAGGAGGCAAACAGUUUUGUGAAAAACCUUGGCAAUAUUGACCCACAUGUUUCCAAGGAGGAGAAAAGUAGGUUAUUGAAGAGAAUGACAAGGGGAUUGCGAUGAGUUGGUGAUGACUUGCUUGAAGGUUUACAAGAAUUUGGACUAUCAUGUUAUAUAUACUAUGUUUGGGUAUGAAGUUUGGUGGUUCACCCAAUUUAGUAGUAAACGGGAGGUGUUCCUUCACUGCAGCUUAUUUGGAGAAAAAGGUAGCAGUAUGUCUGCUCAUUGAUGCUUGCUGGUUUGGUUGUACAUAAAGAUGGGAAAUUAAAGAACAGAAAGAGAAGAGAGAUUGAUUGGUAUUGAAUAUUAUUCAAUUCCAUGUAGAUAAUAAACUAUAUAGCCAUGCUAUCAAGAAAAAAACAUGUGCAGGAAAGGCUGUUGUUGUGAUUUGAUUUGUCAUGUAGUGUAACUGUAACCACUUAUAUAUAUGAAUUAUUAUUCUUUUUUUA